UAACCACAUUUAGUAUUCAUUUAGUGGGAAUGUUUCUGGUAAUGACAAUGGUACAUGUACCACUUUAUACUGUCUUGGUGGCAACAAUGGACUUACAGCAGCUAACUGUAAUGAUGAAAAUACGGGAACGGCCAGUAUAUGUAAUAACGGGUCCGUAGUCGGUUGGGGUAUACCGUAUUCAACAAGCAAACAAAUGUGCCUGGAAAGUUAUCAGCUUUUGCUGCCACCUGAAACUUAUUGCCAAUUGAAUGGUCAUGAAAACGAAGCAAAACAUUCCUGGACAAAUGUUUUUCGAGCGGAAACCGAAGCUAAGCUGACACAAGUCGAAGCAGGUACCAAAGAACCACUUUACUGUUUAGCAGGCUCGUUUACAGAAAAUAAUGAAAAAAGAGAACUUAAUAUUACCAGAAGAUUUUGCAAUGACCAGUUAAAUUAUUUUGUGUGCAGAACAGGUACAGCUUCUUCAACAACUUCAAAGCAAAGUUUAAAUGCCGUAGAGAUACCAGAGAAGGUUUCAAGCACGAAACGAACGUCUGGUGUACAAAAUUUUGAGCCUGGUGAAGCUUCUGCUACAACCUCAAGCCAAAUCAUAAUUGCCACAAGGAAAAUGAAGAAAGAUUCUAGCGCUAGUUUUGAUAUAGGUCCAGUUAUUGGUGGCAUUGCAGCUGCAGUAUUACUAAUAUUUGUUUCGCUUGGUGUGAUUAUCUGCAAAAAAAGGUCAUGUGGAUUUUUCAAAACGACCAGUAUGGAUAAACAAGAAGUCCCUUUUUCAACAGUAGUCUAUGAGCAUUCACAAAAUCAAGAAGUGAGAACAAGUGUGACACCGACAUCUAACGAAUCAUAUGGCUUAGCUUCAAUCAAUUCUGUCCACACAUAUGCAGUCGUCAACAAAAUCAGAAAAACGGAUUCAAAAUUACAAAUAGCUGACGAAACUUACACUAAAACAUCAUGCGGAGAAUAUGAUCGAUUAAACGGGGUAUCAAAACAGCGAACAGAUUCAAAGGAAAAUUUAUAUGACAGCCAUGCAGGGAUUCGAAAUGAAAAUGACCCAACAUACGACAGUUCCAACCAUGGAGGAAGAAAACUUCAAUUUGAUAACGAUGUUUAUGAUCAUACAGACACAGUAUCGACGGACGUAAGUGACUACGGUUAUUCGUCAACUCUCAAAUCAGAAACUAGAAACGAAAAUGAUGUAUAUUAAAAAAACCGUCUAGCGGCAACAUUUAACUUCCAGAAAAGAAUACUGGUAAUGCAGUACUCAGGAAUAUGAACACAAUAAUAUAUUUAAUGAUAUAGAUUUGCUUGUAACCCUGAUUUCAAGAAGUGACAGAUUUAGUAGAUUUAUAUCUUAUCCAGGUUAAGUGUGCUCUUUAUAUUAACCAGGCAUGACCUUACAGUCAUCUUAUAUAUUUCAUCGUCAUCAUAACUAGUUUAAAGCAAUUCAGAUUCAGAAAUUGAAUAGUCAUUAUUUUCAUUAUUUUAAAUACAAUGUUAAUUCUAAGAUACUUUAGGCUGAAACAACUCAGAGCAAGGUAAUUUAUUUUUUCUAUCAUGUUAUUUUUUAAUAGACAUAUCCUAAACUGCUUAAGAUUUGUCUGUAAUUUGACUAUAUAACUUACUUUUCACUUUAUAGCAGUAUUACUAAAAAAUAAAUAUAAACAGAACUUGAA